GGGAGCUAGCUAGCUGCUAGCUCGAAGCCAACAAGUCAGUGAGGUUCUCGACCAGGGAGGGAGUUUGGUAGCAGCAUCAACAAUGGCGAAGGUGGCGUCGCACGGGGCGUUCCAGGGGGAGAGCCCGCUGGACUACGCGCUGCCGCUCAUCAUCCUCCAGAUCUGCCUCGUCGUCGUCGUCACCCGCAGCCUCGCCUACCUACUCCGCCCGCUCCGGCAGCCCCGCGUCAUCGCCGAGAUCAUCGGAGGGAUCCUGCUUGGCCCGUCGGCGCUUGGCCGGAGCACCAAGUUCCUGCACACCGUCUUCCCGCCGGAGAGCAUGACGGUGCUGGACACGCUGGCCAACAUCGGCCUGCUCUUCUUCCUCUUCCUCGUCGGCCUGGAGCUCGACCUCUCCGCCAUCCGCCGCACCGGGAGGAAGGCCCUCGCCAUCUCCCUCUCCGGCAUCGCGCUCCCGUUCGCGCUCGGCAUCGGCACGUCCUUCGCCUUCCGCGCCACCAUCGUCAAGGACGCCCCGCACGCGCCGUUCCUCGUCUUCAUGGGCGUCGCGCUCUCCAUCACCGCCUUCCCGGUGCUCGCCCGCAUCCUCACCGAGCUCAAGCUCCUCACCACGGACCUUGGCCGCAUGGCGCUGUCCGCCGCCGCGGUCGACGACGUCAUGGCGUGGAUCCUCCUCGCGCUCGCCAUCGCGCUCUCGGGCUCCGCCUCGCCGAUCAUCUCGCUCUGGGUGCUCCUCACCGCCGCCGGCUUCGUCAUCGGCGCGUUCGUGCUUCUAAAGCCGGUGCUGGCGUGGAUGGCGCACCGGUGCCGCGAGGGCGAGCCCAUCAAGGAGCUGUACGUCUGCGCCACGCUCGCCAUUGUCCUCGCCGGCGGCUUCCUCACCGACGUCAUCGGCAUCCACGCGCUGUUCGGUGGGUUCGUCGUCGGCGUCGUCAUCCCCAAGGAGGGGCCAUUCGCCGGCAUGCUCAUCGAGAAGGUGGAGGACCUCGUCUCGGGGCUCUUCCUCCCUCUCUACUUCGUCUCGAGCGGCCUCAAGACCAACGUGGCGACCAUCCGUGGAGCCAAGUCCUGGGGCUUGCUCGUGCUCGUCAUCGCGAACGCGUGCAUUGGCAAGAUCGGCGGCGCGGUGGCCACGUCACUGCUCGUCAAGAUCCCUGUCCGGGAGGCUGUCACGCUCGGCUUCUUGAUGAACACUAAGGGUCUCGUCGAGCUCGUCGUCCUCAACAUCGGCAGGGACCGCAAGGUUCUCAACGACGAGGCCUUCGCCAUCAUGGUGCUCAUGGCGCUCUUCACCACUUUCAUCACGACACCCAUCGUCAUGGCCGUCUACAAGCCAGCGCGGCCGUCGGUGCCCUACAAGCGUCGCACCGUGGAGUGCGCGCCCGGCGACGCAGACGGCGAGCUGCGCGUCCUCGCCUGCUUCCACUCCAGCCGCAACAUCCCGACGCUGCUCAACCUCGUGGAGGCGUCGCGGGGCACGGGGCACCGCCGCCUCGUCAUGUACGCCAUGCACCUCGUGGAGCUCUCGGAGCGGUCGUCGUCGAUCACUAUGGUCCAGCGCGCCCGCCGCAACGGCGUGCCGUUCUUCAACAGCGCCGACCGCGAGGGGCAGCUGGUGGUGGCGUUCGAGGCGUUCCAGCAGCUGAGCUCCGUGCGGGUGCGUGCCAUGACGGCCAUCUCAGACCUGGAGACCAUCCACCGGGACGUCAUCGACAGCGCCGCCGGCAAGCGCGCCGCCAUCGUCGUCAUGCCGUACCACAAGGCGCUCCAGCAGGACGGCUCCUUCCAGUCGCUGGGCUCGGCGUACCACGCCGUCAACAAGCGCGUGCUCCGCGAGGCGCCCUGCUCCGUGGCCAUCCUCGUCGACCGCGGCCUCGGCGGCCCCGCGCAGGUGUCCGCCCAGAACGUGUCCUUCUCCGUCGCGAUGCUCUUCUUCGGCGGGCCCGACGACCGCGAGGCGCUCGCCUACGCCACGCGCAUGGCGGAGCACCCGGGUGUCGCCGUCACGCUGGCAAGGUGCCGGCCGAACCGUCCGCACUCCGACGAGGAGAGCGCCGACGACGAGGCUGCGAUCGAGGCCUUCAAGUCCAAGGUCGGCGCCGUGAAGGAUGGGUCCGUGCACUUCGAGGAGCGCGAGGCGUGCGCCAAGGAGGUGGUGCUGGAGACCAUCCACUCGCUGACCAAGUUCAACGUGUUCGUGGUGGGGCGGAUGCCGCCGACGGAGCCGCUGGUGGAGAGACCCGACGAGCUGGGCCCCGUGGGGAGCUACCUGGUGUCGCCGGAGUUCAGGACGUCGGCGUCGGUGCUGGUCAUCAAGAGGUACGACCCGGCGACGAACCCGAAGAGCAAGAGGUUCGACCCGAAGGCGAGGCCGCCGGCCGCGACGGAGGAGGACGUGCUGGACGAGGCGGAGAUGGGCAGAUCCGCCGUGGUACCAGUGCCGUGGUCGCCGGUGAGCGACUGUGCUGGCCAUGGUGUUCGUUGAGCUUUGUUCCUUUUCAUUCUGCCAUCAUCAAGAAAAUAAAGCAGGUACGAUGUGAAAUUAAUUAAACUUAUAUUAGUACCCUGUAGUCCACAUGACCAUUAUUACAGUAACCUGUAUUGUACAUAAAAAAUAUGAAAAAAAAUUGUUACACAAGUACUCCCUCCGUCCUAAAUUAUAAUUUAUUUUAGUUUUUCUAGAUACAUAAUUUUGUUAUGCAUCUAGAUAUACACUAUGUCUAGAUACGUAGCAAAAAUUAUAUAUCUGGAAAAGUCAAAACGAAUUGUAAUUUAGAACGGAGGGAGUAGUAGUUGUAGAAUUCUACUUCCUACCACGCUUCUUUGAGCGUGUUCCAAAUGUACAGUAUCGGAUUUAAUCGUGCAAAAUGUAUAAUUGCCUGCCUCUAAAAAGUUGAAGAGAAACAAAAACUCA